AUAAAUGAGGAACCGACCCUUCUUCUCUCCAUCCGAUAACCGGUUUCCCCGUUCCUUCUGUGAAGGUCAGUCUCCUCGCCUGUCCUCUCUCUGGCAUAAACCCUCCCGUCGACCUUGAUUCCGAUGGCGCCCAAGGCCGAGAAGAAGCCCGCAGAGAAGAAGCCGGCCUCCGAUAAGCCGGGGGAGGAGAAGGAGAAGAAGUCGGUCGCCGAGAAGGCCCCCGCCGAGAAGAAGCCCAAGGCCGAGAAGCGGCUGCCGUCCAAGGAGGGGGCCGCCGGCGACAAGAAGAAGAAGAAAAAGGCGAAGAAGAGCAGCGAGACAUAUAAGAUCUAUAUCUUUAAGGUCCUGAAGCAGGUCCACCCGGACAUCGGGAUCUCGAGCAAGGCCAUGGGCAUCAUGAACUCUUUCAUCAACGACAUCUUCGAGAAGCUCGCCCAGGAGGCGUCCAGGCUUGCCCGCUACAACAAGAAGCCUACCAUUACCUCCCGGGAGAUUCAGACCUCUGUCCGCCUGGUCCUCCCCGGCGAGCUUGCGAAGCACGCCGUCUCGGAGGGCACCAAGGCCGUCACCAAGUUCACUAGUUCUUGAAUGAUCUUGGAUUUGGUUUGUGGGUGUUGUCUGAAGCUGAUCUGAAAAUUUAGGGUUGUGUUUGGACGCUUGUUUGCUCCUUCUCUUUAUCUCUUUCUCGUUAUCUUUUAUUUUGAUAUUUUUGUUGGAAGUUGGAUAGUCUGAUGUAAAAUACCUAUCUCUGAUUCGGAAAUCUAAAGAUUAGAUCUUCUUUGAUA